AUGUCGCGCGUGUAUGUUGGUCGCCUGCCUCCGCGUUGUUCGGAGCGCGACGUUGAGCGUUUUUUCAAGGGAUACGGUCGUCUGCGUGACAUUGUUUUGAAAAAUGGUUACGGCUUCGUUGAAUUCGAGGAUUACAAGGACGCGGACGAUGCGGUCAACGACCUUCAUGGGCGCGAACUGAAAGGAGAAAGACUUCUUGUGGAACAUGCGAGACUCCCGCCCGGCGCCAGAGGCAGCAGCAGACGCUCCGGCCGUGACUCGUAAGAUUAACUUAUGUAGAUACCGGGAUUCUAUUUAGGUAUAGCGGCCGACGCUACGGCCCACCUACUCGCACGGAGUACCGCGUCAUUGUCGAAAAUCUAUCCUCCAGAGUCAGCUGGCAAGUGAGUACUCAUCGGUUUCCUGUUGGUGUACUGCCGUCGGUUGUUCCCGUCAUCUAAUCUGCCAUGACUGUCUUGAAUUCAGUUGGCCCCCCGGUCCGUGGCUGCGGUCGCAUAGGACGCUAAGGCGGUUCACUGAUGGCCGAGUCAGGUCGUGUGGUCGUGAGAAAUUUGGUCGUUUUCAGAUGCUAUGGUCGUUUGCGUGGCACGGCUCGUUCUCGUUAGGUAAUUGAACUCCUUGCAGACCGCUUAGCCACUUGGUAGGGGCACAGGAAGCUGUGCUUAUUAGGAUUCCAUGCCUUUGUUUUUCGCCCCGAUAAAUACCAGGUUUUUAUUUUGACUCCUGUUGGUGUAGUCAACCGAGUAGGGGGUCACGCGGAUACUGUAGUCCAGUCCUAAACGGUCCCGGAGCUAGAGACAAUUUAUCUCAUUUUUCUUUCAGGACCUGAAGGAUAUGAUGCGAAAGGCCGGGGAAGUGACGUACGCUGAUGCCCACAAGUCGGCUCGCAACGAGGGGUAAGUCCUGCUUGCUUGUACUAUGUUUUUUUAGGAUCGUGGAGUUCGCCACUUUUGCUGACAUGAAGGCGGCCAUUGACAAGUUCGACGGUUACACACUUUACGAACGUCGUCUUCGGGUGUACGAAGACAAGCCGCGCAGGCGCUCCCGUUCAGAUUCCCGGGAUCGAAGCCGCAGUUAUUCACGUCGCGAGUCGCGAAGAUCGCGGAGCCGAGGAUCAAGGCGACGUGACCGGUCCCGCAGCCGCAGCAGGAGCCACCGAAAGGAAGAGUCGUCCUCCGACCGUUCGAAUUCGCGCGAUAGGUCACGCCGAGACCGGUCUGAGAAAUCCGAGGGUUCCAGGAGGUCCCGUUCGAAGUCAAACUCUAGGCGGUCUGAAAAGUCGCCUUCCAGACACAGCCGUCGUUCAGCUGGACCAGCUAGCCGUUCCCCAAGUCGGAACGGUGAUGGAUCUGUGAAGGAUGGCGAUGCCAGAUCGGUCUCUGGAUCUCGGUCGCGGUCGCACUCUCCAGCACGUUCACGAUCCCGUUCUCACUCUGAUGUUCGUGCCAGGGAGCGCUCUCGCUCUGAUGCAAAGUCACAAUCUCGGUCGAGGUCCAGGACAAGAUCAAGAUCGCAAUCUCAGAGGUCAGCAUCCCCCGAGCCCCGUCAUUCUGAUGCAGAAAUGAAUGAUCAGCAUAGCGGAAGUGAAAAUGCGGAAGAAAAUUGAACCUUUUCAUGUCUGAACUCACUUGCUGCACAUUCUUAGUCUUAUGUAAAGACUGUUUUUAAGCGUUUCUGUCGGCGCUGCCUUAAACUUGAGUAACCUUUUAGAGUUGUCCAUAUUGCCGUCGACACAUUCUAGGGUGACCAAUUUUUACACUAGCCAAUUGCCACUUGCUACUGUCUGUCCCAUCCAACAACAUCCAGGGCACCACAGGUAGAUACUUGUGUUAAUGCGAAGUUGAGCACCGUGGCAGCAGACCAAAACGGUUAAGUCAGUCCAGGCGAGCUGGGCGGUGUUCGAAGUGUGACACGAGGUAGUCAAUGGCUGUUGGGCGUGAACCACGCGGGUUCUUCGUGUCGGGUGCCUGGGGGCUAGUGAGGCCACCAAUGCCGUUCAGAAUGCGAUGUACCGUAACCUAGACAGAGGGCGUCUUAUCGGCUCGGUCUUCCCCGUGCUAGCCUACGAUUCAAAAUUACGUAUUGGUGUGACGGUAGUAGUCUUAUCUUCAAAGUCACGAGCCUUCGUGUAUUUGAUUUUCUCAUUGCCUUUAGCUAUCUGGCAGCAUCCACGGCCACAUGGCGGCGGGCCUAAGACGGCACGUCCGGCCAAUCGUUGUUAAGAGUCCGUCCAUCAUUGUACACCUGGCUUUCAGGGGCGUUUGCGGCGUCAUAGAGUUUGUGCUAAGCGUGGGGAUGUCUGCGAUUUGACGCUCUACUGCCUUUCCUGCCGACCAUUGCGUAGUUUCGUCCAAAUUAAUCUGCUCGCCUUCCACUUCGUAUUGGUCGCAGACCAAGUUAAGAAUGAGCCUGCGCUAGAAGUGCUUCGGAAGUAGUGGUGACUCUUUGACUAACAGAGACUUCGUAGAUUCUGAGGCGGAAAUUUUACCAGGGACUGAUCUCAACAACUUACCCAAGCAUCUUGCCACGUCCAAUUGCGAACGCGCCGGACCCGUUCUGGAAGUAAGGUGCGAGUAUCUUUGUGUGCCAAGUGGGGCGGUUCCUGACUGUUUCGUGGCAGUGCCCCCGGCUGACGCACCGAUUGUGACUGCCUGCGCACUGGCCUGCGAUGUGUUGGUGUGCUAUGCUCCUGUCCGUUCGCGGCGGAAGCCGCUUUUGUCCGUACAGCAGUCUGCCAUGUCUCUAGCCUGAGCGAAGUUAUAGGUACAUAUACAGGUGUUUGAGUAAGGUCUCGAAGGUCCAUGUACCGGCUUUCUUCUGCCACAUCUGUCACUCGUAAACGCGUCGUUGUGAAAUGUCUGUGCGGGCUCUCGUUUUCACGACGUAGCCACCGUCGCAGUUGCAUGUGCUUAAUUAUGGUAUGGACGCUGAGGGAGCUGGUUCUUCCCAGGAUCUCAUUGUCUGGGGUCCUUUCCUGUCACUUCACUUUCAAUAUUCUUCGGAGACAGCCACGGUGAGAAUGGCUGGGUCUUCUUGCUCAGUCUCCAUACGCACCCCACUUAGCCGCUCCGCAUAAGAGCGUUGUCUGGGCAACAGCUCUGCACCCAGUUUUACGAUGCUAGGGCGCUUCCAAACGGAGUGCAUCGGCUGGACGCAUGUUUGGCCAGCUUUAGAGAUUUGACUCGUCAGCAAGUCUCUCCUUCGCUGCAAGGUUAGUUUCACUGAUACCGGUACGGGUGCUUGAUGUAGUCAGUACGUGAUCCAUAUUGGUGUAAGGUCACAGUCCUCUUCGCGCUAAUGGUCCGGCCGAAGUUGGCGCUGCCACAGGUUGGCUUCACGGUGCUGCAUGUCUUCUUCUGUUGUGGUGUUUGACGUGGAGUUAUCCGCGAAAAGUAGGUCGUUGUGCCGUCUUUGCACACCCUCGAAGAUGCUCUUCGAUGGCUGACACGAGGCGGUUUCGUCGGCUGGGCCGCCUCUUAUGUCCAUCAGCAUUUUGGACAUGAGACUGAGUAGGGCGGUAGCGAGUAGUCAGCCCUGCUUCUUCCCGUCAUUAACUGAAUGAUUUAGAAGUCGCCCGUGUUACGCGACGUGAGUGAUAGCCUGGUCGUGAAGUUUACCUACCGUUUGAGAAGAUCGCCCAGCACCGAGCUUCAGCUCCAGAGUUCGUGUUGACCAACAAAGAUGGUGACCUUCGUUAAAUCGGAGGUGAUGUAGUGGUUCUUGCACUUUUCCUGCAGUUGGCAGAUCGUGUUCGUGGUCUCCGGGCGUCAUUGUGUCUGCCCCCGGUGCUUUCCCUCAGGACAACUACUGCCCCGCCUGGAUUGUCUUAAAGGGAGGCGGUCUAUCAAUUUGUCGCUGGUACCGGCUCGCGGAAUAUGGUUGAUGGCCUCCGUGCAUGUUAUCCACGCGUGGCUGAGGUCCUGGAAGCCAGUAGUCCGUCGCUCCAGUAUCUGACUUCUCUGUCAGAAAUGCUGUUCUACCCUUCCUCAGAGAAAGCUUAUUCGCCUUGACGAAUUCUUUAUAUCACCGCGAUCGGUGUAUCAAUGGGCCCUCUCAGCUCUGCCAGUUAGCCGGUCCUGAAUCUCCCUUAACCGUCAGCACCGGAGGCGUGCGGAUUUGUUGGCGUUGCUGCUGUUGAUGAUGGAGGUCGUGUGUAGGCUGUUUCUCAGGGGGGAUUUUGGUCCUCCUUCGUAGUCGCUGUCAAAUCAUUCCUGACGAUGGCCUGCAUAGCCGUCGGCUUCCAUCACAGUGGCUUGGGUAGAGUCCCACAGCUUUCUCCGCCGGGUUUCUACAUUAAUGCGCGUUCACGGGCUGUGCAUUUCUCCCAGUUUGGAGUUUAUACAGAUACCAAGAUCCAAUGGGCGAUCAGGCACAGUUGCAGUUGGAGCUGUAGCAGCCCGCCUUGCAGCUGCUUUCUGGCCUUGCCCUUCUGUCAGCCUCACACUCGAUGCACCACCGAAGCUGCGAAUGACUUGUCACUGAAGUGGCGAAAGCUCUUAGCUAGUGGGCGCUGUCUCGCUGAUUGGCUGCAGGCGGAAGGAACUUGCGCAGGCCUCUUGCGUGCAGACUAAUCACUCACCCGGUGAGGUUACUCGUUGAGCUGCGUGCGCAGUUCGUCGCCGCAUUAAAGCUUGCCCACGUAACUGUCAUACUUCCUGAUUUGGGGACUCAAGUCGUCUGCUAUUGUACCUCGACAAAGCCUCGUCUUGUAGAUCACAAGGUGGUGAUUCGUCCAGCAAUCACAUCGACCUGGCCAUAGGCAUGUUGGUCAGGAGCUAGUUCCCCGCGGGUUUUCAGGGGAAGGCCAUAACUAUUGCGGCUGCCGACCUCAUGGCGGCCGAACACCACAUCCCACGUGGCGCGGUCCAUGCCGACGCGGGCGCUGACGUCACCAAGGACAGUCAAUUUUCCCGUCGUCAUAAUUUCUAGGACAUGCGGGCCUCCAUAGAACUUGCUCAUCGCGCCAUCGGAGUUGAUUGCCGGCGCACAGGUUCAGACGAUGACGAACUUAUUCUAUGGGGGUGGCAGUAUUUUGGUCAUGAGACGGGGGAGGAAGAUCCUCUUACGUCCCUUAUGAGAAAGGCGACUCAGGCUUCACGUUGUCUUGUCUUUGAAACGCCUCCAUGUAAUUCAUGCCACCAUAGUCGCGUACGCACUACCAGACCCAGUUGCCGUCGCUAAGGCCACAUAUUUGUGUAUGGUAAUUGCCGACAGUAUGUGUGUGUGGCAGGGUACAUUAAUCAGUAUAAGUUUAUGCUACGUUCAUCCAAACGCAUCGACUGACCUAGUGCGAGCGUAUGAGUACAACGUAGGUCGCUGCACAUGGCAUCCCGUACACCCGAGAAAACACCUAGUAAUGAAUAUAGGAGUUAAACAUGUAGAUAUGCAUAUUAUUAAAACGCGCUUUCAAAUCCUCUUAUUGUCCGAGUGAAAAGCUAUACCAGGAGGUGGGUUAAAAUGGAUAAUUAAUUUCUAAGUAAUUUUUAGCCAGUGCGGGUAAGAGGGCAGCAAAAAAAGAUUUCUUCAGGCUAUGCGGAAUGGUGAACCGCUGCCGGGAACCGUUUAAUGUGAGAUUAAGUUGAGCCGCCGAGCAUCUCUAGGUGUGCGAGUUCCGAGCUCGCGGUGGCUGUGCGGCCCGGUUGCUAUCCCCUGUCAACGCGAGAGUGAGCCCACUAUUGUCCAAACGAUUGCGGCCUAAAGGCCGUUCAGUCCAAAAUAUGCUCCAGAGUCAAGGAACCUGGAGCUUUCGGUCGUUUGGUGUACCGUUCGCACCAGUGUCAAUCUUUGCGACUAGGAUCGCUCAGCCCACGCCACCUGCACGCCUCGACAAUGAGUAUUCCCUCAUGCCAGCCACCCAGAGCAGCAUCGACAAAAUCACACCACUGACUUGUGCAUGCAACGGCUAGCCUACAGUCAUUCAGUAGUCUUAUGUGCCUCUCUUCGUCAGUGGGCGCCAAACCAAACAAUCGAAAAUGCUAUAGACAAUGAGGCUGUCUUAACAUUCGUCUGACCUCCGAAUUGUCUUGGGAAUUUUAUUUGUCCAGAACGGGUUGUCGAUUUAUUCACACGAUUCAGAAGGGGGGUUGGCAUCUGGCAUGUAUUCGGCCAGUCGACGGUUCGAAUUCCUCCCACAGCCAUCGUUUUCUAGCUGUGUGAGUUUACUAUCCCCCGAAACUCGUCUAAAGAUGUGGGUCAGAUGUGAUUAUUGUAGCACCCACCUGAAGUAAACAAACCCCAGCCACUUGUAAUAUGGGACCGGUGAUAAUAGGGGUUUUUACAGGUGAGGUCGGGGAACGCACAGGCGACGAGGUCAAGUGGCUGUAUGCAAAAUAGACGCUUUUGGGAAUGCGCGGUUGUACUCUGAAUGGUUGAGAAAUAGUUGUCCUAACCAUAACCCCAGUCCCAACAGUACUGAGUCCAUCAGGUGGGGCUACAUAACCACCUCUUAACAAGACAUGUUUCAGCUUAGUUUUCCUGCAGUAAAUUCCUUUUUCAAUCCUCGCCUUUUAGUUACCUGCGAACUCCUGUCCAGAUGCGAUGGGCCGACAGCAAGAAGGUUCCCAAAUCACAAGUGAAGGAAAACUAA